ACGUUCCUUGGCCUGGGGCACUUGGGAUCUCCUGGUCUACACCUACAUCAGUCUUAAUCCUGGCCUGGCUUCUCUGGUUCUCCCAACUUAUGCCUUCUUUACUCGUUGGGGACCUUCCUCUUCUUUUUGGGGGGUGGGGGUCUUGGAAGCCCCAGCUGGGGGGGUGGUCUGUACCCUCUGAGAUUGAAUGAGCAGUCCUGUGACCCCCAGUCGGUAUUUUCCAUUGUCCUGGGAUUUCAUCAUUCUCAACUCAGUGACUUGCCCAAAGUCACCCACAGAGGCCACAGAAACAAGAUUUCAGUGGGCUCAUCCAGCACUCAAGGAGCAAAUGUUUGUAGAUGGAAGUGGGAUAGGAGACUGAGGCUGGGGGAGACAGGAGAUGGGGACUAAGGCAGAGGGAGGAGUCCCCAAGGGGAGGCAGCUUGUCCUGGGAUAAAGAAUAGCGGAUUUGGAGUCAGGGCCAUAAAUCUCUGCCAUCCGGAAUAAGUCACUUCUCUAAUCCUAGGUUCAGUUUAUCCAUCUGUAAAUUGGAUGUAGGGAAAAUCAUAAAAGGGAACUCAGAGAUCAUCUAACCCAACACCUCCCCUCGCUCUCGGUUUUAUAGAUGUUUAGAGGGAAGAAAAAACUUGCCCAAUGUCACACAGCCAUCGAUAGCCAAAUAAAAACCUCGUCUUCGGUUCUCCUGUUUCUCUCGUGAUUCUUAAUAUAACGGGCAGGGGAAAGGGCCUUAGGGACAUCAAGUCCCACCCCAUUUUGCAGAUAGAGAAAUAGAGGCCCGGAGAGUUAGGUGACAUUAAAGUCAGUGACAGUGCUGGGUUUUGAACCCAGAACCGAGCUGCCUAACCUCAGCUAAUUUCUUCCUUGGGCCGGGAAAUACUGGUCUUAGGCUCUUGGAGCCGGAAGGAAAACAGAUGUAGAGAAGAAAGCGACUGGCGCAGCCUUUGAAUUCAGACCCUCUGAAAUACCGGGGUUUCGGGAGCUGGGGAGCAGGUGCGCGCCAGCGGGCGUCCGCGAGGAGCCCACUCGGUGCCCGGCGCGGGGCUCGGCUCCCGGUUACCAAGAGAAGGGGGCGGAGCCGGGCGCGGCGGAGGGCGCUGGUUGGGCCGGGCGGGGAAGCCCCACGGGGCUCCCCUCCUCUGCACACCCCUUCCCCACCCCUCUCCCGUUGGGGCUCGUGGUCAGGCCCGGCCGGGAGGCUUGCGGGGUGCGGAGCAAUGCUGCCCCGGGGCCGCGCGGUGCCAGCCCUGGCGCUGGUGUUCCUUUUGGUGGUGAUGGUAGCAAGUAAUGCUGUGAAUAUGAGUCGUGGACACUCCCCACCCCUUCCAAGGAGCCCCAGGAUGGUCCCAGGGCUGAGCCCAAUGUUCAACCAGAGCCCCUUUUCUCAGAAAUCCCGUCUUUGCUCAGCUCCCAAAUAUUUUUGGGAUGAACCAAGUAGACAGUGCUGUAGGAGAUGCCCAGCAGGGCAUUUCCUGGAAGCUCCCUGCACUGAGCCGGACGGCCCUUCCUCCUGUCAACCCUGCCCUCAGGACACCUUCCUAUCUAGAGAGAACCAUAAGGAGAGGCAGUGUAGUCGAUGUCAAGCCUGUGAUGAGGAUGGUCCUGCCCAUCAGGUUGUCAUCCGGAACUGCUCCAUCGUAGCCAACACCCAGUGUGGCUGUGCCCCCGGCUGGUUCCCCGAAUGCUCUGUAAACCACUGCCGGUCUGACUCACCUUUCCUCUGCCUUCGAUGCCGAGACUGUGAGAUUCUGCAUCGAUACACACAGAUCCCUUGUUCUAGAGAAGACACUGUCUGUGGGAAGUGUCUGCCAGGCUUUUGUCAGGACCUGAAGAACAAUUGUGUUCCGGCGCCUUGCCCCACUCUUGAGAGUGAAAAGAAACUGUCUACAACCAGCAGGCUGGUUCCCUACCCUCCAUCUAAGCCCAAGUCCACUAGUGUCUAUUGUGGAAAUGAUUCUGGGAGCCAUUCAGAGAUAUGCUUGGGGAUCUCUAGCCACAAGCAGGGUCUUUCUCUCUCAGGCAUCUGGUUCCAGUACUUCCUGGUGGUGCCCCCAACGCUAACAGUUCUGCUCUUGCUGGGAUGGGGCCUGUUCUAUAUCUACCGGAAAAGCUGGGUCCCAAAGCCCCAGGUUCUUUGUGAAGCGGAGAUGGAGACCUUGAAACGCCAGUGGAUACUCAACCCCUCCCUUGGCAGCAGAGCUUCCCUGCCUCAGAGUAGGUACAACGAAGCGUGUGCCCUCCACCUUGUGGGGACCCGAAGUCCCAGCAGCCCUCCUCUGGCCCGCGAAGUCUCGGGCCCGGAAGACGCAUGGCCUGUGCUCUGGGGCCAGCCGUCCAGCAGAGGGAAUGGGCCUGGGGCCGGCACUCUGCAGCCGGGCCCGCAGCUGUACGAGGUGAUGGACGCGGUGCCGGCGCGGCGCUGGAAGGAGUUCGUGCGGACCCUGGGACUUCGGGAGGCGGAGAUCGAGGCUGUGGAGGCGGAGAUCGGCCGCUUUCGCGACCAGCAGUAUGAGAUGCUCAAGCGCUGGCGCCAGCAGCAGCCGGCGGGGCUGGGCGCAGUCUACGCGGCCCUGGAGCGCAUGGGACUGGAAGGAUGCGCGGAAGAUCUGCGCAGCCGGCUGCAGCGGGGCCCGUGACCGUGACCGUGACGGAGAAGGGACUGACGCCUUCUUGGCGCCUUGACAAUCCUUCCCUCCAACCAGGCGGCCGGGGAAGGAUUUAAAAAAAAAAAAAAAAAAAAGGCGGCUCAGGCCCCCCGAGGUGGCGUCCGCCAGAAGCCCUAAGUAUGGUUACUUAAGUCUGUAGACAUGUUAUGUCACUUAUCUCGCCCCUCAUUUGGAGCGGGUUAUUCCUUCUCCCUCGCCCUCCCCCUCCUCCCUCUCGGUACCCGAGUGAGUGUCUGUGUUGGGGCAGAGGGCGUUAACCUCUGUCAAAGCCAGGAGGUCGGCGGCGACUUGCCAUUAUUAAAUUGCCGUGGCAAA